AUAAAGUAUUUGGUUCUAUUCCACACUCCUAAACAUAAGGUGGCAGUGUUCAAAAUUAGGACCUAUACUUCUGCAUCAGCCAAUGGUCUUUACGAAGGAGUGCUACCGGCUUCGUUCUUCCUUUUUUUCGUCUGGAUCGGGUCGUUACAAUGGUGAACGUACCAAAGACCCGCAGGACCUACUGCAAGAAGUGCAAGAGGCACCAGCUUCACAAAGUUACCCAGUACAAGAAGGGAAAGGAUUCCCUCUAUGCACAGGGUAAGAGAAGAUAUGACAGAAAGCAGUCUGGUUACGGUGGACAGACCAAGCCUAUUUUCCGCAAAAAGGCUAAGACUACAAAGAAGAUUGUGUUAAGGCUGGAGUGCGUGGAGCCCAACUGCAGGGCCAAGAGAAUGGUGCCCAUCAAGAGAUGCAAACACUUUGAGCUGGGAGGUGACAAGAAGAGAAAGGGCCAGGUCAUCCAGUUCUAGGCUGUGGCUCAAUUCGUUGGGUGGACUUGUCACUUUUUUCAAUAAAUGUAUUGAAAUUGUA